UCUUUUGGAGAACAAAAGUUGUGUCCACAUGCUCCAACAGCAGCGGCUUCAAAGUGCGCACACGGACACGCAUGCAGGCUGCAGGCGGUACCGGUACCGGUGUCGGUGUCGGUGUCGGUGUCGGUGUGUGUGGCCGCUGUGGUGCAGCCUGAGCCCGGCCUCGCAGCUCACACCCACUCGUGUUGUCGCUCAGGAUGCGGAUGCUGACAGCAGCUAGUGUCACCCAGCUAGCAUUAGCUACGCCUACGGACAAGCCGGAGCGCUGUUAGCCCCCUCUCUCUCUGCUAGCUCGCUCAUUUUGCACCAGGCGCACCAUGGCACUUUGCGCACCGCGUUGCGAAAUAACGAUGUGAAGCGGCGCAUCGCUCGCAGCCUCACGCGCCCCGGUAAAAAGCUCGGACACGACACGACACAGAUCAGUGGGAUCAUGGACCCGACCUGCAGUGCCUCAGCCGGGCCAGCAGGUUUAAUCGUCCAAGUUUGCUUUCCUGGUGCCCGAGCCGCCGUUUUGGACAAUCUGAACCGGCAGCGGGAGGAGGGCAGGCUGUGUGACCUCUCCAUCCAGGUGCAAGGUCAAGUGUUCAGAGCCCACCGCUGUGUGCUCGCCGCCUCCUCGCCUUACUUCCACGACCAGGUGUUACUGAAGAAUGUCACAACUGUGUCUCUGCCCUCGGUUAUGGACCCAGUGGCCUUUGAGAGCGUCCUGAGUUCUGCCUACACGGGCCAGCUGAGCAUCGUGCACGAUGACAUUGUCAACUACGUCACAGUGGCCAGUUUCCUGCAGAUGUGGCACAUUGUGGAUAAGUGCACCGAGAUCCUGAAGAGGCCCCGGCCCCCGGCAGAAGCUGCUCCCGGAGAGGCCGCCGCCGCUCACCCGGGCACUUCAUCAAGACAGCAGUCCCCCAGCAGCACCGACUGCUUAUACCUGGAGAGGGAGGGGAGGAAGAAGGAGAGGAAGCCGGACGCCCUGCCUCCCCUGGCUACAUGGAGAAGGCCGCAGCAGUUUCCCAGAUGGGGCCGCUCACGACCGUCAUCAGCCCAGCACUUAGCCGACUCUCAGCUGGACACCCUCCCUGGCUAUGCCGAGAGUGAUUACUCCAGCUGUGAAGAGGCGUGGGUAUCCAGCCAUGCCAAAGCUAGCCACUUGGGUCAUGAUGGACCCGGCUACAAUAGCAGGCAUCACGGGGGUUUCCCCGGCGGCGAGGCAUUAAAGCAGAAAGUCAGAUUUCAGCAGCGGGGAGCGCCUCCAGGCUCUGAGAGACUGCUUGAUAGGAAUCGUGAGAGCGGGGAGAGUGAUGAGACUCAAGAAAAGAGGAGAAAUGAGAAAAGAGAGAUUGAGGCAGAUGAAGGGAUAGGAGAAGAAGUGGUGGAGAAGAAGGGAGGAAUAGCACAAAUGGGACAUUCUGGAAAUCUCCAUCCCAGUGCAAAUGAGGAUGUAGAAGCAGGGCAGGUCAUGGGGAAAGUGAGUGCCGAGGAGAUCAAGCAAAAAGAUCAGAGAGAUUUGGAGGGCAGCAACCCCUCCUCAGGUGUUGCUUCAGUCCACGCAUGCCAGACAGACGAAGGAAUCGCUGGCCCUUCCUGCCCGGCUCCCGCUCCCUCAAGCCGGCUGCAGUGGCAGGCCGGUCCCUGGUCUCAGCAGGAGCCAAGGCCACAAGAGGGAGGGGACAGCAGCUACAGAAAGGACGAGGAUGAAGAUGAAGAGGAGGACGACGUGGACUUUGAACGUUUCACAGAGGGGACCUUUGGUGCCGACACCUACGAUGAGAUUGAAGACGGCACGGGGCAGGUUUCCCAGAGGCCUUUGGUGCCGGCGUCCCCUGAUGACAGCAGCUUCACAAUGGCAGGCUCGGAGGUGAACUGGCCUUCCACCAACAUGGGACAGGGCGGUUCAUUAACCCCCACGUCCAGUCGCCACUUGUCCCCCUCCUCCGCCGUGUUCCCGCCUUCCUCUUCACCCCCAACCCCGUCUUCAUCAUCCUCGCUUUCCAUUGCGGGGGCCCCUUACACAGGAAAAGUUCACUUCUGCCACUGUGGGAAAGCCUACACCCUGAAGAGCAUGCGCGACCGGCACGUGAAGAUGCAGCAUCUCAAUCUGCGGCCCUUCGGCUGUCCUGUUUGCACCAAGUCCUUCAAGAUGAAGCACCAUCUAACCAAGCACCUUAAAACCCACGGGGGGCUGCGGCCCUACGAGUGCGGCUUGUGUGGGAAGAAAGUCAUUUGGAGAGACAGCUUCCUGAGGCAUCAGGCCCGAUGCGAGAGACUGGCCUCCAGCUCCUCGGCCAACAGCAACAACGCAGGCACGGCGGCGGCAGACCUGGACGACGGCUACAGUUAUGGAUUUGACGAAUCCGAGGCCUUUCUCACAGGCGGAGGGCAGGUCAAAGUGGAGGAGGUGGACUUCCACGGGGAGAUGGAAGAUGGGAUGGGUGGGUUGCUGGGCAGCGUGUCGGGGAUCGUGGAUGAGCUGAGAACUCAGACACGAAAUCUGGAUAGUCAUGUUUUUAAACAGGAAGCAAGUGAGAGUUUUAGCUGAGAUCUGUGAAGCGGACGUUAAAAGCCCUAACAUUAUUUGUGCAUAAGUACAGACGAGAGGGGUCGUGAUCAAACUGAAGACUUCAAGAGCCUGCACACACAAAUCACAGCAUAUUUCUUUGUGACCAGCCAUGCAAUUUACAAUCUAUCUUGUUUUUUUUUUGUUGUUGUUGUUGUUGGGUUUUUUUUUUUUGUUCACUUUCAGUAUUUUGAAUGUGAAAGUGUUUUGAGAAGUUAAAAAAGGAACAUAUGUUGUGCUUCAUGUGAACCGUUUUCUUUAAUUUUGUGCAAUGUCAUAUAGGCUCAGUUGAUGUUUAAGUGAAGCUGUAUACUGUACAUGUAUGAGGAGCAGUGUUGUGAAUGUACUUCAGUUUGAUUAAAGUGACGUUGCAUUUUGCACAUGGAAAUAUUUGAAAAUGCCAUUCACCUGCUUUAGCAAAAAAAAAAAAAUUACUAUAAAAACAGUUUUUAAUGCCAUACUGGUGUCUCUUGACAUUAUCAGCAAAAAAGAAAACCUUGAUAUGGUAAUAAAAGCAACUCCUUUUUUCGGAUUCUA